AUGGGGCCUCAAACCGGAGUUCUCGGAGCAAUACGCAGGAACUUGACGAGCGAGAGAGCCGUCCAAGUGCAUUCGUUUAUAUGGAAGACGAAGUGGAAACGAAGGAGUCGGACAUAUCCAGGCCAGCAUGACGAGGCUCACCCACCAGCGGCAGGAAGAUGCCGGGAUGGUGACGAAAGACGACUGCAUCCGCUGGGGACGGGACAAGCCCAGCAGGAACAGCUGACAAUGGGCUUCAAAGAGAAACAUGGGAGGCCGACACAAACAGAAUCCCGGAGCCCAUUAAUUUGGACGAGUCGUAUAAUAUUUAAUCUUGUGUGUACAUAG